AGAAACCUUGUCUCGUCUAUAAAAGCGUGGCUUUCGUACUCGAUGCGUCAGAACACGUUUCGUCUUCUACGAAUAUUUUCAUCAUCAUAUCGAGCGAGUUGAAAAAUGACUGGUCGUGGAAAGGGUGGUAAAGGAUUGGGAAAGGGAGGAGCGAAGCGUCACAGGAAGGUACUUCGUGAUAAUAUCCAGGGUAUCACGAAACCAGCUAUUCGUCGCUUGGCUCGUCGUGGUGGUGUCAAACGUAUUUCUGGAUUAAUUUACGAGGAAACUCGUGGCGUGCUGAAAGUUUUCCUGGAAAACGUAAUUCGUGACGCAGUUACGUACACGGAGCAUGCUAAACGAAAGACUGUAACGGCUAUGGACGUCGUCUAUGCGUUGAAGAGGCAAGGACGCACUCUGUACGGUUUUGGAGGUUAAGAAAGAAAUUUGCGUCGACGUGCGAUUAUCAACGAUUGCUAAACAAACCGGCCCUUUUCAGGGCCACAAUUUUUUUUCGAACAAAGGAACCUUCUUCGAAACAUUUCAUGAAAUUCUUUUCAAUGAUUAUUACGCGUUAAUAAAUUUAUUCCUAUGAUUUACGUCCUACAUUGUGCAUUUAAAUAUAUUAAUUUAGUAAUUUCGAUUGAAAUAUACAUAAGAACCAACCAACAUUAGACACGAAGAUCGGAUAAUAAAUUUCUCGUUAAUCCAAUGUUAACUCAUAACCGUUCUGCAAUGGAGCAAAAUAAUUCCGUUUGUUAAUCUUAACGCUACACGAACAACUUCUUUAUGUACACUUUCUUCAAAAUUAUUUGCUGUUAUUACACGAAUAUUCGUCGAAGGACAGACUUAGAAUUGAUCAAAUAACUUACGUAUAUCUAAGAAAUAUAUUUUUUAAAAUUGUAUAAGAAAAUGUAUAUAGAAAUUCUUAACCUAUCGACUACGAAUGAUAGAAUGGCGGUGCCGAUACAACGUUGCCACAUUUCCCAGCGUCUCUACCAUGCACUCGUCGCUAAUAAUUCCUCUAUAUAAAUCGCUGUGUUGCCAUACGUAACUCCUAUCAAUAAUAAACAUGCACAUAUGUAAGUACCUUGGUCUCUCGAAUAAAGACAAAUCAUAUUAUA